AUGGCGGAAAGCCCAUCUGCUAAGAGAUGGCUUCCUCUUGAAGCUAAUCCCGAUGUUAUGAACCAGUUUCUCUGGGGACUCGGCGUUCCACCUGAUGAGGCAGAGUGCUUUGAUGUUUAUGGAUUGGACGAAGAACUUCUAGAAAUGGUUCCAAAGCCAGUGCUCGCCGUCCUUUUUCUCUACCCUAUAACAUCACAGAGCGAAGAAGAGAGGAGAAAACAAGAUAGUGAAAUAAAGGAGCUUAGUGGAGGAGUUUACUUUAUGAAGCAAACUGUAGGCAAUGCCUGUGGAACCAUUGGGCUUCUUCAUGCUGUUGGGAAUAUCACUUCUAAGAUAAAACUUGCUGAAGGGUCGUUUCUUGACAGAUUCUUCAAGUCCACUGCAAAAAUGGGUCCUUCAGAGCGUGCUGCAUUCCUUGAAAAUGACAGAGAAAUGGAAGUUGCUCAUUCAGUUGCAGCUACUGCUGGUGAAACAGAGGCUUCAGAUAAUGCAGACGCACACUUCAUCUGCUUCACAUGUGUAGACGGUCAACUGUAUGAGCUUGAUGGAAGUAAGGCAGGGCCAAUUUCACACGGCGCAUGCUCUCCAAGCACCUUAUUACCGGAUGCGGCCAAAGUUAUUCAAGAGAUGAUCCUGAAAAAUCCCGAAUCAAUCAACUUCAAUGUAAUUUCUAUCUCGAAGAAAACGGAAGCAUUCGAAUGA